AUGAUGGAGACCCCCCAGAAAGAUACAUAUGAGGCAACAACGGCGCAGGCUAACAUCGGAGACAAUAAUGGCAUAACUGCAGAUACGCUGAAGCUCCCAGACCGAUAUGCCGACGAGAGCUACAAACUUUUCAGUGAAAUCAAGGCCACGGAACCAACGCCAGAAGAAGCUACUAAAAUUCGCGACAAACUUCUCUGGCGCAUUGUGCCCUUUCUGUGCAUCGGAUACCAUCUAAUGUUUCUAGACAAGCAAACACUUGGCAGCUCUGCAAUUCUUGGCAUUUUCAAGGACGCACAUUUAAAUGCCAAUCAGUACAAUUGGCUGUCAUCCAUCUUUUACUUUGGGUACAUGAUUGCAGAGUUUCCGCAAAAUUGGGCGUUACAGAGGUUUCCUGUGGCCAAAUGGCUCGCUGGUAACAUAAUUAUCUGGGGCGCCAUCGUACUACUUCACAUUCCUUGCAGCAGCUUUGCAUCCCUCUUUGUCGUCCGAUUUCUCUUGGGUUUGGCCGAGGCCUGCAUCGUGCCUUCGUUUCUGCUCAUCAUGUCCAUGUUCUUUACAUACCAGGAGCAGGCUGUGGUGAUGCCAAUCAUGUGGUCAAUCGGCAACGCGAGCCCGGUUACAAGUGGCUUGCUGUCAUAUGUGACUUUGCACAUUCAUACCGACCACUUUGCAUCGUGGCAAUGGCUCAUGCUUCUUUGUGGAUUUAUGACCAUAAUAUUCGGUGUUUUCGUCUACUUGCUGCUGCCCGACAGUCCGCUCUAUGCUCAUUUUUUGACACCUGAAGAGCGCGCAAAGGCAAUCCUUCGAAUCAAGGAAAAUCAUUCUGGCAUUGAGCAGAAGCGCUUCAAGAAAGAACAGUUUAUCGAGGCCAUCAAGGAUCCAAAGACUUGGCUUUUUACAGCACAUGCCCUCACGCAAGAGAUGGCGAACGGAACCACAAACCAGUACUCACUACUCAUCAACUCCUUUGGCUUCUCGGUUCUGCACACGACGCUGCUCGGAGCCGUCCUCGGAGCUCUAAACUUUUCUUGGCUAGCGAUCACUGCCAUUGUACUGCGCUACACCAAAAAUUGCCGCGCGUGGAUAUCCCUUUUCGCAUACAUACCCACUGCGCUUUCAAGCAUUCUUUUGCUGAGUCUGCCUUCAAACGAUCGCUGGGGACUGAUCGUUGGCAUUUGGAUCCGCUCUGCUGUUGGCGUCCCAUACGCUGUCGUCAUGAUUUGGGCGGCCAAUGCCUCUGCCGGCCACACAAAGAAGACUACUGUCAUUGCCCUAUAUCACGUCGCUUACGGUGUGGGUAAUAUCAUCUCACCCCAGCUUUUCCGCCCGCAAUGGAAGCCGCGUUACCGCCCGACCUGGAUCAUUCUCUUGGUGGUUGCCGCCAUAGUACCCGCAAUCUUCGUCGGGAUUCUGCGUGUCUACCUUGACCGCGAAAACAAGCGCCGUGACAAAAUCGAGUUGGAAAAUCGAAUCGAAGAUAAUGGUGUUGUUGAGACGGUCAAUGCCGAUGGCAUUCAGGAAAGACAAAUUGUCGACAGGAACCAGCUCGACUUGACUGACAGACAGAACUUAAAAUUCCGCUAUGUGUUAUAG